GUUCAUGCAACUGUUCUCCGAAUCAGUGGUCGUAUUGCCUGUGUAACCGGUGGGAUUCUGAUCGCGAGCACACUCUCCACCUGUUUGUAUUUGUGCGUGAUCGGUGCCCCAUACUCCAUCACCAGUGGACAGUCCGAAUACUCGGGGACCGCAAGUCAGGUGACCAAAGCAAUACAUACACAAACACACACACGAUUGGCUGCAACUGUGGGCACCACUGCCGGAUAUCAGUACCCGGAAAAUGAGAAAUUUGCCACCUCACAAACUUUGGGACGAUCAAUCAAACCGAGAGGGUUUUUGCCCAGUGGGGAUAUUAACGAUCGAAGACGUACUCCGCAACAGUCUGGGGAAGCAAACGCAGGUCAAACGAAAGCGUCACUCGGACCAUUGCAGGCCUCCAAUUGGUCAAACAGUACACAAAUUUCCUGUCCGCGUUUAGGCAAUCGUCGACGUGGUCACAGUGCUGAUCCGCUUAAAUUAGGACUAGGUUAUAUACCCUCGUUAUCUUCCAAACUCAUUAUGGCACCCACGAAUGGACUGGACGCGGACAACGGUUUUCAAUCACCUCGACGGCUUUGGCUUCCAAAUUUGAACAAUCAAAACACGACCACUUUGAUGCAGGCUCCAACUACCGAGUACGGUACGUCUCAUCUAAUCGGUCAGGGAUUGGAACCACUGGGGCAUAUGCUGUACACCGGAGGUCGCGUUCGAUUGGGCAAUCACUCCUGA